GUUGAGCCUUUGGCUUUCAGCGAUUUCACUCUCACUUUUUACUCUGUUUUGGUCUCAUCUUCGCCCAGACAACGGGGCAUCUUUCGCUUGUAUCGAAUGAGCGCCUUCGCCAUUACACUUCAACCAAGACAAGACGACCGAAACCGCCGGUCAAUCAGUCCAAUUAGCUCAUCUAUCUCUUGCUCCUUUGGAUAGCCUUGGCGUUGGCGUUGGUGGAGUCCAAAACAGUGUCCAACAAUGCCGUACAAUAGAGUCUAUAAUGCUGAACCCCGUGAGGGAGAUCUGCAAAGCACUUUCGACGAUAGUUCUGUCUAUGGAAUUCUUCGCAGCAACAAUGAACGAUCCUUAUCGACGGUUACUUCGGCACUAGAAGUUGAUUACGACAAGAACAUCACUGACUUGUAUCAAGCAAUCACCAACUGCGAUUGGGAUGGUGCCAUUGAUGCUUCCACGCGACGCCCGCAAGAAGGCAGGACAUGGGUGGUCCGUCACUACGACGAAGAAGGCGAUGAAGCCAAAGGUGAAAUCAUGUGGAGAUUUCUACCCAUUCACAGUGCCAGUGCACGACAACCUCCCCGAGAAGUGGUCAGUGCUCUUCUCAAGGCAUACCCAGAUGGCGCCAAGUGCGUCGAUGAUCAGGGCAUGUAUGCCUUGCACUACGCAUGCGGGAAUCAAGCACAUAGAGACGUGAUUCGAAUGUUGCUGGUAGCCUAUCCUGGUGCUGCAUCCAUGCAGGAUCCAAACGGGAUGCUCCCUUUGCAUUAUCUGGCAUGUUGGGGGCCCUCCGAAGUUAGCAUCAUGGAUUUGGUUCUUGUGGCUCACCGCCAAGCAGUCCAUGCUCGCGAUGCGGAUGGGAAUACCCCUCUAGAUUUGGCCAUGGAAGGUGAUUAUGAUGAACGCGACGAGGUAGUCAACGUGAUCAAGAAGUGGCAAUCUAGCACCAACACAAAGCCCGCAAGCAGUGCCCACAGCCAUGCAAGCACCAGCAGCCGUCGUUCCUCGCCCCAAGCCUCUUCUCCAAGACGUCGUGGUGGGGACACCCACGUUAACAUCUUUGCAGAACGACGAGAUGAGGACACACGCGACACACGCAACAGUUCUGUACUACGAUCGAAUGAUAGUGGCCUCAGUGGUGGCCGUACACCCCCUCACAUCUCGACAACGGAACCACAUCAGUCUCCUACAAGCACAUCCACACCAUUCUUGGUGGGUCGCCUAAAGGAUGAAAUUACAGUGUUGAAAGAUAGACUCAAAGAAUCCAAAUGGGAGCUCGCCGCGCAAAAGAACAUGGAGAACGAGGCUUCGUUGAAGCAAAAGGUAGCAGCACUCGAGAAGAAGGUCUCGCGCCAACAAGAUGAGCUAGAACUGACGCGGGAAGAACUUGAUGAAGUUCAGAAUGAACUUGAAACCAAAGAAGAUUUCCUUCAAAAGAGGACCAAACAGCUAGAGGAAACGGAAAGGAAACUGAAAGAAGCCCUCGAGGAACGUGUAGGUUUACGGAUCACACUUACGGACUUGAUGGAACAGCACGAGAAAUUCAAGAAGAAGUCCGACUUCAUGAAUGAUCGAUUGGGUUCCUUGAGUGCUUCCUUGCAAUCGAUGAUGGAUCAACACAAAACAGUAUUGAAAGCCAUGAGAGACCGUGAAUAUGCAUGGAAGAAGUCUGCAGUUGAUAGGAAAGAGCAACUCAAGAUCUUGAUGUCUCUCGAAAGUGAAGUGGAAAGCGACGAUUCAUUGGAGGCAUCCCUCGACAAGACCAAUAAAGAGAUGGAGGCUAUUGCAGCAAUCAUUGCAGCGGCUCGAAACUAAGAAGAGGUGGACACAUAGAUAGGAUGAUAAGGAGCAAUCGCAGCUGUUGGUCGAAUUCCAACCAACGAUACAGCGCGAGGCCGACGAAUGAAGACUGAGUAUUGUUUGAUAGCGGGGUUUCAAUGUUUUUCAUCAACCGGAUGAGUGAGUAGUAAAGAUGCAAUAGUAUAAAAAGUUCAUGCAUAAGAGAAAGAUUCAAAGAGGACCUCUGCUAAUUAGCUCAAAGACUAUUCCGUACC